AUGCAACGUUCAAUUUCCUCAACCAACAAUGUCUACCGCAAUCUCCUCCACUACCACAAACCACCGACUUCCGCCACCCUCACACGGCAGCAAACACCCUGUGACGUUUUCAUCAACCACCGUGGGAUCGACACAAAGAAGAAUGUCGCCGGACUUUUGUAUGGUCAUCUUAUGAGGUUGAAUUUAAACCCUUUUCUGGAUAGCAAGAAUAUGAAACCGGGGGAUAAAUUGUUCGAUAAAAUCAACACUGCGAUCGGUGGAUGUAAAGUCGGGGUUGCGGUUUUUUCUCCCCGGUAUUGUCAAUCGUAUUUUUGCUUACAUGAAUUGGCUCGUAUUAUGGAGGCUAAGAAGAGGGUUAUACCAGUUUUUUGUGACGUUAAACCAUCCGAGCUUUUCGUUAAGAACCACUGGAGGUCCCCUAAACAUGAUAUAGAUAGGUUCCAAUCGGCUCUAGAUGCGGCUAAGUACACGGUUGGACUAACUUUCGAUUCGUCAAGAGGGGAUUGGCCGGAAUUUUUGAUGACGGCGACCGAAGCAAUUAUCGAGAACCUGAUAGAGGUGGAAGAAGAAGAAGAGGAGGAGGAGGAGCAAAAAUUAAUCGUCUAA